UUUAUGUUAAUCCUGUUCAAACUAUUCAAACCUAUUACAUUCAAUAUGACAGAUAUGUCAUUGGACAAGAUGGUGCCCACUGGGGCAUUGUGGGAACAUCUCAGAUCCUGCCUGGCAUGGCCACAGCCCUUGAAGGAGGCAGGACAGGAUGAAACCGCAGAGCCUCAGGACGAGCCCCUUUGGGUCCCCAGGAAGGAGCUCCUGCCCCAGCAGGACCCAGAUCCCCUGAAAAGAGAGGAGACCUGGGAGUGGUCAGCUCAUGAAGGCUCCUCAGGCUGGUGCCCCAGAGCAGGCCCUUGUCCAGGAGCAGCAGGUGCAGGGACCCCGAGCAGAGCUGAGGAGGAGCCUCAUGAGGAAGGGCCUGGAAACCUGGAACUACAGGGGACUCCCCCAUGGAGACUGGGGGAAGAGGGCUCCCUGACACCUGAUCCAGGCCAACUGCACGUGGGGCAGGACAAACCCCCAAAGCAGAAGCUCCGGGAGGCCUUUGAGGACAUGGCAGUGUACUUCACGCGGAAGGAGUGGGAGCUGCUGGAAGAGGAAGACAAGGAGCUUUACCGGGACCUGAUGCUGAGGAAUUACCAAGCUCUACUUUCCCUGGGAUAUCAAGGUCCGACACCUGACUUAAUCUGCCGCAUCGAGCAAGGAGAGGUGGAUCUCUGGGUUUGUGAUGAUGAGAACCAUGGGGAAAACUCAAAAGCUGAAGACCUCUUGCCAGGACCUUCCUUGAUGCUGAGCAGAGCUGAGGAGCAGCCCCCAGAAGAAGGGCUGGUAGAUCUGCAGCCACCACAGACGUCCCUAAGUAGAUUAAGAAGGAGGGACCCCCCAAGUCCCAAGAAGGACCAUCGGCAUAAGAGGCCAGGCAGGUCCCAAAACCAGAUGGAAAACAUGUUGUUGAACAAGGUACUGACUCCUCUUGGGUGUGAGAGCGGAGCAGAGAUGAAGCUGAGCAAGAGCCAGGGUUACAGGGAAGAAUUUGAUAGGCUGAGAGAGAGGAAAUAUCCGAAAAGAGAGAUUCACCAGGGAGAGAGAGUUCAUCCAAACUCUGCUACUACGGUGGGCCUGAGGGAGAAGCUGGAGCUCACCACCAAGCUCAGGGAGAGGGCUGAGCUGACCUCUGAGUGCCGGGAAACUUUCAGUUGCCCAUCACAGCACCAGCACAUCCACUCAGGGAGGAAGACAAUCCAGUGCAGGACGAACUACACCGGCAGGGAAGAGCUGUCCUGUCACCAGUGUGUGCACAGCGGGGAGCAGCCAUCCCACUGCACCAAGUGUGAGAAGAGCUUCAGCCAGAUGUCCAAGCUGGCUCUGCAUCAGCUCAUCUGCACCGGGGAGAAGCCAUAUCAGUGCUCUGUGUGUGGGAAGAGCUUCACCCGCUCCGCAAGCCUGGCUGGGCACCAGCGCAUCCACACAGGGGAGAAGCCACAUGAGUGCUCUGCAUGUGGGAAGCGCUUCACACACUCCUCCAGUCUGUUCUACCACCAGCGCAUCCACACAGGGGAGAAACCACAUCAGUGCCCUGAAUGUGGGAAGAGCUUCACCCAAGUCUCCCACCUAUCCCGGCACCAGGAAAUCCACACGGAGAAGAAACCACAUCAGUGCCCUGAGUGUGGGAAGAGCUUCACUGAAGCCUCCCAACUUGCCCAGCACCCACACAUCCAAGCAGGCGAAAAGCCACAUCAGUGCCCUGAGUGUGGGAAGGGCUUCACCCAAAGCUCCCACCUGGCUCGGCACCGGCGCAGCCACAUGGGGGAGAAGCCACAUCAGUGCCCUGAGUGUGGGAAGGGCUUCACUCAAGCCUCCCACCUGGCCCGGCACCAGCUUAUCCACAAAGGGGAGAAGCCAUAUCAGUGCCCUGAUUGUGGGAAGAGCUUCAUUCGCUCCUGCCACCUGGCCCAGCACCGGCAUGUCCACACAGGGGAAAAGCCACAUCGGUGCUCUGAGUGUGGGAAGAGCUUCAUCUGGUCCUCCCAGCUGGCCCAGCACCAGCAUAUUCACACAGGGGAGAAGCCAUAUCAGUGCAAAGAGUGUGGGAAAAGCUUCGCCUUCUCUUCCCACCUAGCCCAGCACCGGCACAUCCACACAGGGGAAAAGCCACAUCAGUGCUCUGAGUGUGGGAAGAGCUUCAUCUGGAACUUCCAGCUGGUCCAGCAUCAGCGCAUUCACACGGGGGAGAAGCCAUAUCAGUGCAAAGAAUGUGGGAAGAGCUACACCCUCUCUUCCCACCUGACCCGGCACCAGCGAACCCAUACAGGGGAGAAGCCAUUUCAGUGCCCUAAGUGUACAAAGAGUUUCACGGAAGCCUCCAGCUUGGCCCAGCACCAGCGCAGGCACACAGGGGUAAGGCCAUUUCAGUGUCUUCAGUGUGGAAAAAGCUUCACGCAGUCCUCCCACCUGACCCGGCACCAGCAAAUCCACAUAGGGAAGAAGCCACAUUAGUGCUCAGAGUGUGGGCAAAGCUUCACUCUCUUCUCCCAGCUGGAAAAGCACCAGUGCACCCACACCCAGGAGCAUCCAUAAAUCUGCCAGCACUGCAGGAUGGACUUGGGGAUGUCUGUGUGUUUUGCACCCACCAGUAGUUGCAUGCUGCCAGGCAGCUUCAUCCUGGGAAGAGUGCAGGAAGAGUUCACCCUGCCCUCAGCCUGUUUAGGGCACCACAGAGCUCACAACAUCUAGAAGUUGAUGUGAAAAGUUUGAUUUUUGGGUGGAGGCUAGGAAGAAAUACCUGAGGCAGAGGCUAGCCCAGAUGUUGGGGGAACCUCUGAGUUAUUAUCUUUGCAUCAGCCUUAGACCAGAUACAUUCUCCUUUAUUCUUUGUGAGCAAUCAGUGGUCCUGGGGGAGAAGUGCACUAACUUUAGGGUUCCCUCCCAAGACUACUGGCUCCAUAUUACACUCGGAGACUGACCUGUGCUCUGUCCUCCAUGCUGGUCCCAGGGUCCUGGUGAGGCUCUUGAGUUGCAGAGAGAAGAGCGUUAAAGGUUGGCAAAGCAUUUCUUGCUCUCUGCCCUGACCUUGUCUUUCCUUACCACCACCAUGACCCCUCUCCCAGACCUGCUCAUGCUCAUCGGGUGUCUGCAAGCUGCUGUUGCUCCUGCUGUCGCUGCCUGAGCCAAGUUUAGCAGCUUUUGCUUUUUAGCCUCUCUCCUCAACUCUGCACCACCAGGUGCCAGUUGCUUCCCCUGCCCUCCUUCCCAUCAUCCCAUUCUCUGCAAUGGAUUCCUUUGUACUAAAGCCCCAGAACUGAGCAUGUUGGGUCCCUGUGUUGUGUCUCCAUGUUCUCUCCAGAGCUGUGAAACAGAAACAAGCCAGGGGCUGGAGCCUUUUUCAUGGCAGAUGAUUCCCAAGCCCUUCCCUUUUGAGAGGGUUCACCACAAUCAAGAGCUUUUUCCUAAUACUCAGGAGCGGGGGUUGUCACACCGGAGGCAUUGCUCCUACAUAGUGCUGUACAGCAAGGACCCUGUGCUGGGGGGUUUUGAAGGAAGCUCUGCGCAGGAGUCCCUUUUCUGGGUGAAAAGAGGUAACAGGCUGAACGAGGUGCAGCCUGUGCAGGUUCUGCUUCUCCUUUGGAAGUGUAUUGAAAGCAGGAGGGAAAACACGAGGAAGAAAGGUGUGAGGAGAAUAGAGGAGGAGUUUGAGCAGGAAAAAACAGAAGCAAAGAUGGUGAAGGAGAGCAGUGCCAGGACAUGAUUUUUGAGGAGUUGCUCUGGCUGGAUAGGUGCUGGAGGAAGGAGGAGGAAAGGGUACAACAGGCGGCGAGUACCUCAAGAGCAGGGAGAGAGGUGGGGCAGACUCCGAAGAAGAAAGAGAGGAGGGGAUGGGAUGGCUCACUGAAAGUGAAAUCAGAGAAGUGAAGGAUUGGCAAUUCCUGGUGAGAGAGGUGCUAUAUAGCACACAGGGGCAUGGGUGAUGGGGUUUUCCAGACAUCCUCUUGUUUAUCUUUGCAAAACGUAUCAGCUUUUCUUGCACCUUGGUAGUGGGAGGUAAAUCCCAAACCACGUUUUAUCAGAGAUCACGUGAGGAGAUCAUGUGUGGAGAAGACAGGGAGUGGGCACAUACCCGAGCACAAAACCUUCAGCAUUACAACUGCCAGCAUUUUAUGCCGUCUUGGAGGCGUUCGAGAAUAAAUAGAACCGGCAGCAAGCAGGGUCCGUACUUGUCCGGUCAAAGGACCGCCUCACUCUGGUGGGACACCUGAAUGAGGAGAGAUCAAAAUGGCUGUGUGUGACACUUUUAAGGUGGACUUGUUGGAAGAGCAGAAAGAUUUGGAAUGGCAAAUGGUGCACCAAAUCCUUCUAGUUCAGCACCGACAGGAGACUUGGAGAUCAGAGAGUGAAAUGAAGAGCCCAAGGCUAACUGUGCAGAGGAAGGAUCUCAGAGGCAUGUCUGGGAAUGUCAUGUUAAGAAGAGGGAAUGGACCGGAGUGGGAUGCCUUCUUGAGACGCUGGUGUAGUUAUGGACUGUGACACACGAGAUGGUGCACUGGGAGAGUUCCCACAACCUAGAAACGUGCGUGCAAGGAGAGGACGAAAACGGCUCAUUUGUCUUAAAAAAGUGAUUUGGAACUGGAGAGAUUUGAUUGUGCAUAGACAUGUCGAAGCAGCAAUCAGAGACAUUGUAAAAGUAGGCUGAAUAAGUCAAUGCGGCACUAAGGGAACAAGAGGAAUCGGGGAAGGGAAAAAGCUUUUCGGGGGGGGGUUUGGUUUUUGUUUAAUUUUUGCACUCCCCACAUGUGAAGAAUAUGUUGUGUUAAAUUAGGUUUCAAAUGGGGAAAUGGAUGAAUUUGUGUGUGUGUGGGAGACAGAGGUGUUUUCAUGUUAAAUAUAAUGGGUUGUUGGGUACAGUAAAUUAAUUUUUUUGUUAAAAGAAGGAAAAUGUUUUAUAUUUUGCUGCUGUAAAAAACACGGACAAUAAUAACAGUAAGAAUUAUAAUAAUAUUUCCCAGCCUCUGCACCCUGAUUCCACAUCUGACCACCCAUUGCUGACCCUUCACAAACACUGGGAGCUUACAGAAGUUACAUUUUUGCACAAUUAACCAUCACCUAACAAACAUACAUGGCUGCAGAUCCAUUUUUAAAUGGCUGUGUGCACAAAAAUAAAGGAGCCGUUGUUAAAUCAGCUGUUGGAUGAAGGCACAUAAAGACAGAGCGCCUUAACAAGCUUGCAUACAGUUUAUUGCAGGGGCGUAUUUCAAUUUUCUGGCAGUUCUACCCACAUACCAUGUGCAUAGGCAUGCAAAGGACUCUGCUCUAGCCUGGAACCAACAGAGUUUGUCUUUGGG